UGUGUGGAAUCCGGAGUCGGAAGUGCAUCCAGCUUCAGCCCGACCACUUCCUCGUCAUUCAUGGCGCGACACCACCGUUUCGAAGCAGCCCUAGCAGCUCCAUCAUCACGUCGCCACAAUGCUCAUCAUUGUCAGAACGGAAGUCACCAUCACCAAUCGAAAACUUCACUGAUCGGUGGUGGUUCGCCACCACCGGUCAAUUCCCGUGACUUCGUGGUCAUUCGUUUGCGGCAAAAUAAUGCUGGUGCAUGCCGGAUGGGUAAAGCGCAUUCUGUAUGCCACGGAUUGCAUUUGUCGGCUUCUGCUCCGCGAUUCACGUAUUCGCAUGUGCGCAGUCCGGAUGAGCAUAGCUGGAAUCGACAGCACCUCGCAGCCCCGCCGCCACUGCUCAAGUGCCAAUAUAAGCGUUCCUCGGAUUCGGGGCAAACAUCGACGCUUUUUUCGUCGGCCGCAUUGCUAGCAAAAUCGCCGAGUGGUGCGUGUUUCUACAGGCCGGCUGAUGGCGUAUUGGCAUCCUGA